GGAGUAAAUUUGGUAUUCAGACCUUCCAGCGUCACGUUAGUCCAUCAUGAUUUUCAAAGACCUUCUGGUAACAACAUCCACCUGGCGUUACACUGAUUAAACUAGUUUGAGGUCAAAUUCGUCGAUUGCUGAACAGCACAAUUUGUAGCUGAAAGCAGAUUCAGGCGUAUGAUGGAUGAAGAUUUCACGUUUGGAGCUUCAGUUUGGGGUACUACACUCAAUGACCCAAUUGCAACACGCCUCGCAAAUCUCACAUCUUUCUCUUCACUUGAACCGCCUGCGCCGCCAUCUCCUGCACCUUCUCAAGACCGACUAGACGAUUACGACGACUUUCAUACGCCACCACAAACGCAGAACCCAUCUAUUGCACAGGAAGAUGAUUUUGGUGACUUUGGGGAUUUUGGAGAAGCGGAGGGCCUGGAUGGCGGCAUGGAUUUCAAACACGAUACAGAUUUCGGGCGGGAUGCAGAUUUUGGGGAUUUCUCAGAAGAUGCUACGUUCCAUGAAGAGCCAAUACCGGGUCCAUCUCAUACUGCCUGGGAGCCGUUCAGAUUAACCCCCUUACCUUCCAGAGAAGACCUGGAGAGACAGAUCAACCGCAUCUUGGAUCCCGUAUGGAUUCGGGAUAUCUCUUCGAUGACCACAGAUGAAGACAUCAGACAGGCAGAGGGUGUCAGCCAAAUAUUGGUUACACCUGAAAGUCGUGGAUUAUAUACCAUGCUGAUGGAUUCCCCGCCUCUCAUGGAGCCUAUCAACUGGACGCGCUCACGCAUUCGCCAGCAACAUUUAAUCGCUCUUGGACUACCCGUGAAUUUAGAUGAAAUAUUACCGCACGCAAGCGGCAAGCCCCUUCCCCCACUACAUAUAUCAACGCGACCCAUGUCUGCACCCCCGGGGCCUCGCAAUGGUCCACUGCAGAGUGCCCCAUCGUCUAGAACCAAUUCUCGUGCAGGGACACCUCGGAUGGGCACUCCACAGCCGUCUACACGGGCAGGACCAACCGUAUCACAACUUGGUAUUGGACCCAAGCCCCAACUAGAUGACAGGAAAGUAGAGGAACUACUCAAGCUUGAUACAGAUCAAUUAACCCUCCUGCCCUUGGCAAAACUUGAACGGUGUCUGGUAGAUCUCCGGACAGAGACAACCAAUGCCUCAUCUAUACUUACGCACCUUCUACAAACUCGCGACGCUCUCCAGCAGGACUCGGAGACAUACAACAAGUUGAUCGCAGAACUAGUAAGCGAGGCGCAGAAGAAUAGUGGUCAAAGUCGAACAGGUGUCAAGCGUAGCGGUACCAUGCGUUAAUGUAUUCAUCGCACUUUCAUAUUCCGCACUGCCGUCUUGAGUUUUCCGUUAUGGGGUGUUCUAGAGUUUCGCGUUGACCUCUCUAUUGACAUCUCUGUCCGGUGUCUGGGUCUUACGCAGCAAUCGAAAGUAAAUAAUUUUUUAUUCC